GCAAACACCAGAGCAGCCAGGCUUGGCAGCAGCCUGACAGACAAACCUCCUGUCCAGAGGAAGAGCCUAGGCCACAGCAGAGACCAUGGAGCUCUCCUCAACCCCUCUCCACAAAGGGCAGCUACCCUGGAGGGGACUCCUGCUGACAGCCUCACUUUUGAUCUACUGGAGCUCUCCCACCACGGCCAACGUCACUGUGGAACCAGUUCCGCCCCAUGUUGCUGAAGGGGCGAAUGUUCUUCUACUUGUCCACAAUCUGUCAGAGACACCCCAAGUCUUUUACUGGCACAAGGGAGAAAAUCCGGAUAACAGUAAUGAAAUUGCACGAUUUAUAACGUCAGAUAAUGUAAAUACAGCAGGGCCUGCAUACAGUGGCAGAGAGACAAUAUACCCCAAUGGAUCCCUGCUCUUCCAGAACGUCACUCAGAAAGACACUGGAGCCUACAUGUUGCGAAUGCUAAUGCAAAGCUAUGAUGAUAAGAAAGUAUCCGUGCAGUUCCAUGUCCACCGUAAGUAAUUCUCUGUAACCUCUGGGUCAUGG